GGCCUGAGGGGCGGGCGGCCAUGUGGAAGCUCGUCCCCGCCCGAGGAGACCCAUAUCGACUUUUGAUUGACACUGAAUAUGUUGUUGGAAGGAAAAACUCUGCGAUUCUCAUUCGAGAUGACCCGUCAAUCAGUCGUAAUCAUGCCACACUAACCGUCAGCCAUUCUGCAACUAACCUGAGUCAGGCCACUGAAGUCCCUGUAUUGUCAUUAAAAGAUGCUUCCAAGUAUGGCACAUUUGUUAAUGGUGAAAAAAUGCAACACACCAUUCCCAGAACACUAAAGACAGGGGAUAGAGUCACUUUUGGAGUUUUUUCCAGCAAAUUUAGGGUGGAAUAUGAGCCUUUGAUUGCCUGCUCUUCUUGCAUAGAUGGUCCUGGGAAAGCUGAUUUAAAUAAAGCCAUUUUGCAACUUGGAGGGUGUAUUGUGAACUCAUGGACAGAAAAAUGCACUCAUCUGGUGAUGAUGUCAGUUAAAGUUACUAUUAAGACUAUAUGUGCACUGAUUUGUGGUCGACCAAUUGUCAAGCCGGAAUACUUUACGGAAUUUCUCAAAGCCAUUCAAUCCAAGAAACCGCUUCCAAAACCUGAAAGUUUCUACCCACCAGUUGAUGAGCCGGUUAUUAACACUGAAAACCUGGAUCUGUCAGAGCGUACCGAAAGAAAACAAAUCUUCAGGGGGAAGACUUUCGUAUUUCUAAAUGCUAAACAGCAUAGGAAAUUGAGUUCAGCAAUUGUUCUUGGAGGUGGAGAAGUGAAGUUGUUGACUGAAGAAACCACAGACAAUUCUUUCCUGUUAAAUCCUGGAACUUGCGUUGUUGAAGUAGGAAUAACAAACUCACAGGUCGUUUUUCCACUGUCUCAUGGAAAAUGGAUCGAUUCCAUUUUGAAUGUUCUUCAAAGGCAGCAACGUAGAGCUAUUUCCGAAGCAGAAAUUGGGUUGGCAGUUAUUUUCAUGUCUACAGAGAGUUAUUGUAACCCUCAGAUCCACACCACUGCAGGAUUACGGCCAGGAAUCCCCAGGCCAGGUUUCUCAGGUGUUUCUCAGAGCUUGCUUGUAGAGGAGACUUUAACGCCUGGUGCCACAAUGAAUGUCACAGCAUAUGUAGCUGAUACUGAAUCUGAACAAGCAGAUACAUGUAUGGAUUCAAGUGAUAAACAAGACGAGACUCUUAAAAUAAAAUCGAAAGGCAAAAUGCAGUCACAGGAUGCAUCUACUGUGAAGGAGACACCUAACACAACUUGGGUAAAUGCUGGGUUAAAGUCGCAAAAGAUGAGUAGGCUUGAUAACCAAGAAAGCCAACUUUUACCACCUAAAUUAAAUAAAAUGAGAAAUGUUCAGCAACAAACUAUCUCCAUUAAAGACUAUUUCCAGUCAAUUAUAAAGAAAAGGCAAAGAGAUGAACAGCAAGAAAUGCCUGCAUCAAAAUCAGCAAAAACAGAAGAACUGACUUCCUCUCUUUUGGCACAAACUCAGCCCACUCCUGCUUCACCCUGCAGCAGCAGGGAAAGCCAACUGUUUCAAAAGGGGCCCUUGACUUCGGAGCCCAAGUCACGUGAUUCACUUUCUAGAUUGAGCGUAGAGCAUGAUAUAGAAAAGCCUACUGCUGCUGGAUCUUUACCUGAGGCAGAGUCUGCACUGAAGAAGAGAAAAAAACCUGAUGAUUUGGCACUGGAGGCUGAUAUCUUACAAGCAGUUGAGAGCUUUGAGCAUGAUUGGGAAGGUGAAAUGGAGAAGCAGGAGAGUGGGGCCAAUAUAAAGAAAAAGCGAAGGUUGGAUGUGAAAGAGAAUAACAUUCCAGAAGAUAAAGAAAUAAUUCAGAAAAAUGAUGGAGUGUCAGAAGAAAAUGAACUUGAGAAGACAGAUGAAAUCAAGAAAGAAUCACCUGAGCGUGUGACCGAACAGCAAAAUAAUAAUGAAAAACUUCAAGAUGACAGUGAGACGCUUCCCAAAAAGCUUUUGCUGACUGAAUUUCGAUCCCUGGUGGUUAGCCACACUAGGGCCAGAAAUUCAUCCGCUGUGAAAAGUGAUUAUGGACAUCUGAAUAACUUCAAAAAAUUCAAAAAGGUAGCGUAUCCUGGGGUGGGCAAGCUUCCCCACAUUAUUGGGGGAUCAGAUCUCAUCGCUCAUCAUGCUCGGAAGAAUGCAGAAUUAGAAGAGUGGUUAAGGCAAGAAAUGGAGAUUCAGAGUCAGCAUGCAAAAGAAGAGUCUCUUGCCGACGACCUCUUCAGAUACAAUCCUAAUGGGAAAAAAAGAAGAUAGCUGUCAAGGAGGACAAUUGAAUGAAGCCAAGAAGCUAUCGCAGAAACCAGAUUAUCUCUGGUUCCAUAUAUUGUAGAGAAUUAGGUGGCAUGUUUUUUUAUAACUAAAGCAUUCUAUUAAACUAUGCAAGAAUCUAUUUCCUAGUUGUGAUAGUAUUUAUCAAAGUUUCUAAACUUUUUAAUAUUUUGGUUUCCCAUUUUUCUUAGAGUAGCAGAAAAUUGUCUUAGAAGCUCUUGAUUUUUAAAAUGUCAUCACCAUAUGGCUCAGAUCAGGUUCUGAACCAUUGCUAAACCCUAUAAUUUUUUUACUAUAUUGUUUCAAAUCCAAGCUAAAAUAUGAUGUAUCAGAAUAGAAAAAUAGCUCCUUUCUCAAUUCUUCCCCAUAUCUUGGUGAUUGUCGCUUCUUUCGUGUCUUUAAGUUUUCAGUAUGUGGCCCUCAUUAUUUUUUUCUCCAGAGACCUGAGCACAAGGAAAGGAAAAAAGACAACUCAGGUUUUAUUUUAGCAUUUUCUGCAACACUUCCUGUUUAUGGCUUCCCUAAUUCUUUCAGAGCGCAGAAGUAAAUGAGAGGGAAGGAGAAAGUGAAAUAUUUGAGGGCUUUAAGUGCAGUUGUUUGGAUCUGUUUCGGAUAAACCUCCUGAGGGUUUGGAAGUGUUUUUGCUAAAAUAUCCCAAACCCCCUUUGUGUUCUAGAGUGAUUUAUUUUGAAUUAUAAUUUACCUUUCAACAUUGGAUUCAUGAGUUUUUGACCUUAUUUUCAAAGCGCUUUUAAAUACAAAGCUUAACCUAUUUCCCUGAUUGCUAUUAAUGAAUCAUUUAUGCCUAAAAGGGCUACCCAGUGGUGGUGAUUCUAAGAAAAUUGAGAAAGAUUUAAGGUUAAAUUUGUUUUUGCACAAUAUAAAUAAAAACAUACUACUCUAA